GGCUACAUUUGGAGAAAACGCAUUCACGACAUCUCAUUUUCACUUCUCAAAAUACACUACAAGGAGAAACAUACUAGAACAGUUUCAUUUGGGCUGUCCCCUUUGGUUGUCAUUCACCCCACAAAGCGCAUACUCACAGCGCUCGCAUAAAGCACUUCCCCCUUUCGUCAAGCAAUCGCCAAAAUGACCAUUGAAAUCCCCCUGCUGCUAUCAUCUACAUUUCCGAUAAUAUGGAAAACAGGCCUGGCUCAACUUUCCUUCGCCAAAACGGGGGGCUCAUUAGCCGCCCUGAAGGGCACAUCCCUGCUGCUGAGUAAAGUGGCCUCAACGAGCAAAGGGGGGCUCCUGGCUUCUACCUCCACCCAGAUUGACAACAUAAAAGAGGCAGCGCAAAAAUUAAUCGAGGAAAUAGAAAAGAACGUCAACUUGAGCUUGCUCUUUUACAAUAUUGAAGAGGAGGAAACGGCGGGCUACUACUUAAUGAAAAGGAGGCAAGAACACGAAAAGGAGUUGCUCGCCGGGUGAGCGGUGCACAAAGGGGCGGGAGCGGGAGUAGAAGCGGAACAGACGAUAUUGACAAAAGAGCAGGAAGACGGAGACAGAUGAAUUGACGUCAAAAUGACGAGACGAAGAAACAACCGCUGACAUCCUCGAAGUAAUUAUCACGUGGGGGGAGCGGGUGACACUCUGUUUUGAAUAAGGUUAGAAGAGCACCUCGCCACGGUCAUUCGCCAACGCGCACUCGCGCGUGUGCAUAAUUGCGCUCCUUUAAAAGGCGUAAAAAGGGGGCUGUGGUUAACACAGUUGUAAAUUUUUGAAGGCAGCCCAUGUGUGCAUAUGUAUAUAUCUGUAUGCAUAUGUACAUAUCUGCGUGUACAUGUACAUAUCUCUGUGCGCUUUUUCCCUUUUCGCAUUUUCUGCCUCACCAGAGUAAAUCGCCAACUAUCCUCUGUUGACAUUC